UCCAAGAGAGAGCAAUGGAUGAUGCCGUGGGGCUGUCAUGGGGUGCGCGGUGCGCGGGGCUGGCCUUCUUCACCAUGUCCAUCUUCUCGGUGGCGCUCGGCGUUGUGCUCCUGCUCGUCCGCCGGUGGCCCAACCCCUGGUGCGGCUGCCACGUUUGCCGGGCGUACCUCACCGGGUCGUGGGCCAAUGACUUCACCAACCUCGCCGACUGGUACGCGCACCUGCUGCGCGAGUCGCCGACGGGCACCGUCCAGUUCCACGUCCUCGGCUGCACCGUCACCGCCAACCCGGCCAACGUCGAGUACAUGCUCAAGACCCGCUUCGACAACUUCCCCAAGGGCAAGCGCUUCGCCGCGCUCCUCGGCGACCUCCUCGGCGACGGUAUCUUCAACGUCGACGGCGACGCCUGGCGCCACCAGCGCAAGAUGGCCAGCCUCGAGCUCGGCAGCGUCACCGUGCGCUCCUAUGCCUACAAGAUCGUCGCCCAGGAGGUGGAGUCCCGCUUGCUGCCGGUGCUGGCCGACGCCGCGGACAAGGGCAAGGUGGUCGACCUCCAGGACGUGUUCCGCCGGUUCGCCUUCGACACCAUCUGCAAGAUCUCCUUCGGGCUCGACCCGGGCUGCCUCGACCUCGACAUGCCCAUGUCGGACCUAGCCAACGCGUUCGACGACGCCUCGCGGCUCUGCGCCAUGCGGGGCGCCGCGGCCUCGCCAUUGGUAUGGAAGAUGAAGCGGAUGCUCAACAUUGGGUCCGAGAGGGAGCUUAAGAAGGCCAUCAAGCUCGUCGACGACCUCGCGUCGGCCAUGAUCCUGCAGCGGCGGAGUCUGGGUUUUGACAACAGCCACGACCUUCUGUCCCGCUUCAUGGCCUCGGACGUCGGCAUGGACGACAAGUAUCUCCGGGACAUCGUGGUCAGCUUCCUCCUCGCCGGGCGGGAUACGGUCGCCUCCGCGCUUACCACGCUCUUCAUCCACCUGCAUAAGAACCCUGAAGUCACGGCCGCCAUUCGCGCGGAGGCCGGCGGCGACAAGCCGUCUACCUACGAGCACCUGAUGAGCCUGCAGUAUACUCACGCGGUGCUGUUCGAGAACAUGCGGCUGUUCCCGCCGGUGCAGUUCGACUCCAAGUUCUGCGCCGCCGCGGACGUGCUCCCGGACGGCACCUACGUGGAGGGCGAGUCACGCGUGAUGUACCACCCGUACGCCAUGGGCCGCAUGCCCAGCAUCUGGGGCGCCGACUACGAGGUUUUCCGCCCCGAUCGGUGGCUCACCGGACCAGGAGGGUCGUUCGCGCCGGCAAACCUGUACAAGUACCCGGUGUUCCAGGCCGGCCUCCGCGUGUGCCUCGGCAAGGAGCUCGCCGUAAUUGAGAUGAAGGCCGUCGGUGUGGCCGUGGUGAGGUCGUUCGACGUGGAGGUGGUUGGAGAGAAUGGCCGUAGUGGCUGGGCGCCGACAUUUUCGGCUGGGCUCACGGCGUCCAUCAGCGGCGGGCUCCCGGUCAGGAUCAAGCACGCUUCGACUCCGAAUUCAGGAUUCAGAUAAUUAACUAGUAGGAGAGUACAGUAGUUUAUAGCAUGCGUGCAUUAAUCCACGGUUGAACAUUUCCAGGCUAGAGGACAGGGGUGAUUUCGGGAGCAUCUGAGCAUGGGCUCAGAAAUGAAUAUCCCGCUAAAUUACCUCAAAUAAGAUAAAUAAGGUGCUACCGGUAAGGUUAAUAUGGACUUUGUACUUCUACA